CUCAUAUUCUGGAGUCUGGUCAAGUCGCUGCCAAUAUGCCGGGCGGGGAAGGGGAGAACCGGGUCGGAGAAGGGAUCCAAUCACUCAAGCAGCUACAUGCACUUCCCUGGGACGAGAAGACGGAGAAUGAGAUGCUCCGGUCCCGGCUAGACGAGCAGUCGCAGCUAAUCUGCAUGCUGAAGCAGCGAGCGGAUGAGACGCAAAUAAAGUGGCAGCACCUGGAGCGAGUGAAUGGGGAGCUGGAGAGACAGAGCGGGGAGGCGGCCCAGCGAUUUCAGUCUGAGAGGGAGAGAGGGGAGCGGCUGGAGGAGAGGUUCGCUAUACUGGCCUCUAACCACCAGCAAAUGAUCCGCUUUAAGGACGAAUACAAACAGCAGAACGAGGAGCUGAGGCAGCUGUGCGACACAAUGCGGGAAAGCAAAUACCCGGAACUUCUGCACAGGGACCGCUGCAUCCAGGAACUGAGGGACCAGCUGGGGGACACGGAAACGCGCCUAAAAGAGCAGGAGAUGAACUACGGGCGGAAGCUGGACACACUGAGGGCAAAGGUGGAACAACUGGAAGGAGAGAAGCGGACUGGAAGCCUGGAGCUGGGGGAUCUCACUCACAGACUAAAGGUGUCAGAGGAAACCCGUCACGAAGCUCAAGAAAAGCUGGCACGUCUGGAGGAAAUAAAGAAAGCUGAGAAGGCUGAAGCAGACAGAAGACUGGAAGAGAUAAAGAAGGAGAAACAGGAACUUUUAAAUCUGUGCAUGGAGCGAGGGAGAACCCUGCAAGACCGCCAGAGAGAGGCUGCUGAGCUCAGUGUUCGGUUACAAGAAGCGCAAAAGUCACUUGAGAAGGCAGAAGAGAGUUACCAAAGAGACAAGGCAGCUGUUGAUGCUGAUAUCAGAGUGUCAGACCUUCAGAGAAAACUGGAAGAUGGUGAAAACCAGUUUGAGCAGCUGAGAAGAGAUUUUGAAGCAUACAAGAAGCAUAGUGGGGACUUGCUGACUAAGGAGCGAGAGCUAAAUUCUAAAUUACGGCAUUUGAUUGGAUGAACAUGGACAAAUGUUUCUAAUUGUGGAGACUUUUACCACAUAGCUUUGGGAGCACAGAUGCAAAAUAUGUUGAAUAAAAGUAUAUAUAGGAGAAAUCUAGUUCCUAGGACAAAUAUAUACACUGGUACUUUGGGUGACACUAUAUGAUUUCUAGAGCUAUGAGGAGAGAAGCAAAUGAGAAUCCUCUGCUAUGAGAUCAAAUAUUAAAUGCAAUUUUACGAAUAAAUAGUGUUUGUGCCACCUUUAUAAGAAUUCUACACGGAGUGCUCUUUUUUUAGCAGUAUGUCCCAUUUUAAGCACUAAGGGCCUGGGACCAUAUGAUUCACAGUGCACACAAACAAACCAAGGGCACACAUACAUGUUAGUUCACAUGAGCCAAUUAUUGAACAGUGUUCUGUCUUUUACUCCCACACUUCUUCCUGUUACAGUUAGAGGUGUAGUAUUUCCUGUCAGGUGAUCUCUGAGGCAGCACACAGACCAUCACAAAAUGGUGGCUCAAGGGAAAAGAUUAAAAGAUUUACAGAUAUAUAUAUUUCGGUUUGGUAGGAUUCUUUAAUAGGUCAUUUAAUAUAAUAUAAACUAUCUGUUGGUUAAGUAUUCUUUCUGGGGGUAUAGUUUUCAUUUAAGUUCGCAAAAUGUAUUGUAUCACUAAGUAUAAGUAUAUACAUUUGAGAAUGUUUUCACUUGGCCAUAUAAACUUUGAUACAUUAAAUAAUUACUUUUU